UGAUAUAGAAGCUUUUUGGGGAAAAUAUUUCCCCAUUUAUUUUUUAGCUUGAACAUAAUCAUAAUAAACAACUUGUGUCUCAUUUUUUGCAACAAAUAAAUAACAGUUUUGUGUCCCAUUGCUGAAAUGAGUAAUACUGUCUGUGACGAGCAUCAACACAAUUGAAAUGAUCUGUAAAAUUCAGUGUUAACAAUAGUUAACAUGAACAGCAGUGUCACUACUUAGUGUAAAAUUGUCGUAAACAACAGAACAAAAAUGAAAUAAUUCAAGUAGGUGUCAGACACAUUGGUGUAACGUGCGCCCCCUAUCUGCCUCCAGAGGAACGCCUCAUCAAAGGAUGACGAAUAAAAAGUUUUCCAGCCUCUUCAAAUGAAAUUAAAAGGUCGAUACUUGGAGAGAAAACAUCCAGAAUCAAUGGCAGGACAAAAUAUCGCGAUAUGUUGCAGUAUUAUUUCAGCACAGCGUUCGUUCAGUGUAGCAGGUGAACCGAUGAGGACUUUGUGUUGAAUUUUGUUUCUGUAUUUGGUGUUGUGUCUAUAAAAUGGAGAAAUGUAGGAAUGUGUGACUUGUAAUGAGGACGUCCGUGUUAUCUGCUAGUGAUGUGAUAUAAAGGAUGUUGAUCUGGAGGGAAUGUGUGUGCUUCAGGAGUUACCGUCAGGAGCAAGCGCUUCCUCCAACAGCAGAAAGGGUUUCAUGGAAAGUCUGAUCAUCAGAUGUGAGACGACUUUCCCUCAUCUGGAUGCAGUUUGUGUGUCUGUGCGUUUGUGUCUUCAGUGUUUCCUGCUGAAUGUUGUCUUUCAUUUCCUCCUCAUCGAUUGGUCACAGCAGUAAAUGUCGAUUCGUCAGCUUGGCUGCUAAAAGUCAAACCCCUUUUUUACGAUCCCAAACGAUCCUCGAACACCUCGGCCAAUCAGGCGCCUGCUUCCAACCGCAGCCGCAUUCUUUGAGAUCAGGUUAUAAAGUCCGGUCUGUUUGGUCUUCGUCAGCCCUCCACUGCUUCCUCAUCACUGGAGCUUCUCUGAUGAUCGGGACAAUGGCAGCUCGACAGGAUCAUGAGACUAGUGCCUUGCUCAGAGUGUCCCACCUCCCUCUGGUGCGCUCGCUGGUGCAGUCCGUCACGUCAGCGUACUCGGGCGCCAAAGACCGAUACCCUCUGCUGGGCCUGAUGGGCGGGGUGGCGGAGGUCGGUGUUCGGAACAUUUCUGAGGAGGCCCUGAGACGAGCCACGCCCCUCCUGGAGAGUCUGGAGCCCCAGAUCGAAGCUGCAAACAGUUUUGCCCUCGUCGGUCUGGACAGUCUGGAGAAAAACUUCCCCUUCCUGAACCAGUCUUCAGAGGAGGUGCUGACCCACCUGAAGGACGCCUUCUUCCUGACUCUGGACGACGUGCAGAUGUGGGUGGUGGACGGUCUGGACGGCGCUCUGGAUCAGGUGGAGCGCCUGGCGGAGGGGGUCCGGCAGGCCGGCCGGCAGCUGCAGGAGACUCCGGUGGGUCAGGCGGCCGCCCUGGGACUGGACAACAUCCUGAGCCGCGUGGAGGACGCCACCGCCUACUACCUGCCCCUCCCACCCACCAUGCGUCGGGAGUGGGAGAUGAGGGUCCAGGAGUACGAGGAUGAGGAUGAGGAUGAAGAGCCCGGCCUGUGGACGCGGGUCCGCAGCCUCCUGCUGACGCUGAGCCUCCAGCUUUACUACCGCCUCAGCAAGGUCAGGGAGCAGCUGCAGCGGGCCGUCCGGACUCUGGGGGGCGCUGCCAACACGGUGGGUCUGACGGUUGUCCUGGACCUGACAGGUGAUCUGCUGCAGUAUACGCAGAACCUGGUGGUGGCGCUGUUGUACCGGGCAGAGAGUCUCAGAGACGUCACAAUGAGGAGAAUCAAGGAUCGGGCCACGGCGCUGGCAGAGAUGAGACCGCUCCAGCAGAUGCGAGAGCUGCCGGACCAGAUCCAGCAGGUUCUGAAGGAACUGCAAGAGCUUUCCAAGAUCCUUCUGCAGCUGGUGAUCAACAGCACGCCGCUCUACAAGCUGCUGGAGCAGCCGUCCCACCAGGAGGUGCAGGACUUCCUGAACCAGGAGGACGUGGCGUUGGACAGCUCAUCUCGCCGCAGUUCUGCCAACAGUCUCUUCCUGAAGGCGAUGGACGGCCGUCCUCGCCGCCGCCGAAGUCUCUACUCCCGCAUCAGCCAGAGUCCUGGGGAGUCCCCCAACGGUCGCCGCUCCAGUCUGAAGGACGGCUCCAGCUUAGAUGUCCCCCCAGCGUCGGAGGGAAACGCCCUCCGACGACCGUCCGCCACCGAGCUGCUGCUGGCGCCGCUCAAACAGUUUGUCUCCCAGAGCCAGAAAGCUUUCGAGUACCUGAGCCCAAACUCCCUGGAACACACCACUGCCUCAGCCGAAGAGGGUGACUCUUAGACUUUGCUUCAGUCUGUAGCCCCGCCCCCAAUGAGCAGCCACCGCCAGUACCCGCCUCUGAUAACGGGUUUUCUGCCUGAGCUGCAGCUGUCUUGACUUUUAAAUAGAAACAAUUUUCAAAUUACUGCUAAGUGUCGGGGUUGGGCAAGAGGAAUUAUGGGUAAUGCAGAAUAUCAGUGAGACUUUUUAUCUUAAGCUGUGACCGAAUUCCCCCCACUCACUAUACAGAGCGUUCUCCAUUUUCCAGUGCUGUCCCAAUCUACUAUUCCAAAAUCGAGUCAACUAGAAAUUUCCCAGAAGUCUUUGUAAAAAACUAGCAUGCAUCGAUAAUCACUAGAUUAGUGA